AUGAAAAAUUUUAAUUGGUUACAAAAUUUAAUAGAGAUAAGUUGUGAAAAUAAUUAUUCUUAUAGUAUUUUAAAUAAAUCUAAUGAUGAGAAGAAUGAUAAAUGUGAACAAAACAAUGUUAAUGGACAGAUUAAAUUGAUAUAUACGUUUUUAUUCGUAAAUCCUUAUGAAAUUCUAUUCGAUAAUAAUUCUAAAAACACUGAUGUAGAAUUGUAUUUAGAUACACGUUUUACUGACAACGAAGUAGAAACAAUGACCAGAGAAAUUGAGAUUUACUAUCCUAAAUAUGAAAAGUAUAAAGACAUAUCAGUUUAUGUAUCACUAUGUGAAUUUGUGGAGCUUUUUUAUGAUAAAGAUAUUGAAAAGUUUAAAAGGUAUAAAGAAUUUCAAAUAGAAAGAUUUCCUCAAUCAAAUGAUAUAUUUUUUAAACAUUACAGAAUGAUGUUUAUGAUUUUAUGUUCAAAUCUUGAAAAUACUACUUUUAAGAACAAUAAGUUUUAUAGAAAGUUUUUAAGAUAUUUUAAAAAUAUUUAUCAAAAUUUUAAGAAAUCAGAUGAACUCUUUGAUUAUCAAAUUCUAUAUAAGUUUAUUAUUUAUAAUUUGAACAACAACUUUUUAAUUAUUAAAAAAUUUAAAAGUUUUUUAAAAGAGAAUGAAUUUGAGAAAGGAUAUGAGAAUGAAAUUGAAAAAGGAUAUGAGAAAGAAAUUGAAAAUGGGUGUAAGAAAGAAUUUGAAGAAGGUUUUCUUAGGUUUUUAUAUGAUUUGAAAGAUCAAGAAUUCAAGAAUGGUUUAAAAGUGAAUGAGUUGAUUUAUGAAUUUUUAGAACGGUUUAAAGGUUUUAUGUGUGAUGUUUUUAAAAUUAAGAAUCUUAGAAAAUAUAAAUUGGAGACUGUUAGUGAAAAUGAAUUCCAAAUUUUUAUUAAAAAAAAUUAA